AAAUGAGAAUUGUCGUCUGUUUUCAGUAUAAUAUGAAAUGUUCAUUUUGAUAUAAUCCAUCAAAUUUUAAGACAAUCAAAAUUCAUAAAAUUAAUAAAUUUAGUCAGUAAUGAAAGUAAGAUGGAUAAAAAGCGUGGUUAGUUAUGUGGUUACACAAAUUAGUCGUUACAUCUUCAUGUCCUUACAUAUUUCCUAUAGUCAAUUUUCUUUCUACUUUUACUAACUCAUUUCCGUGAACGAAGUGUAAGGUGAUCAUACUUUUAAACCAAGGUUUAACUUUAAAAUGUGGAGUGUUUAUUUAUUAUUUACGAUUUUUCCAAUUUUGUUUUUAAUUAGACAAUUAUGUUUAAAUCUAUAUAAAGGACAUAAAAAUGUUUGUAUUGUUGUUCUUGGAGAUUUGGGUAGAAGUCCUAGAAUGCAAUACCAUGCGAUGUCAUUUGCGAAAGAAGGUUACACAGUGGAUUUUAUAGGUUAUCCCGGUUCAUUACCUUUAAAACAAAUAAGAGAAAAUUCUUCUAUACAUAUUUAUUACCUUCAUCCUCCCCCAGAUAUAGAAGAUAGAUUGUCUCGUUUACCUUAUUAUGUAAUAAAAACGAUAUGGCAAACAUCUAACCUUAUAUGGAUAUUAUUCACUAAACAUAUAUCAAAUUAUAUAUUAAUACAAAAUCCACCUGCAAUACCAACGAUUCUAGUUUGUUGGUUUUAUUCCAUAGUUGUUGAUUCAAAAUUUAUUAUUGAUUGGCAUAAUUAUGCACAUACUCUUAUGGCAUUGACACUAAAAGAUGACCACUUACUUGUAAAAUUUGCAAAAGCAAUUGAAACAUAUUUUGGUUCUAAGGCACAUUAUAAUUUUUGUGUGUCUCAAGCAAUGAAGGAAGAUUUACAAUUGAAAUGGGGCAUCAAAGCUGAGGUAUUAUAUGAUCGACCAUCAAAUGAAUUUCAGCCUAUAUCAUUAACAGAAAAACAUAUAUUUUUAUUAAAAUUAAGUGAAAAAUAUAAUGUAUUAAAAGGUUCUGAAGAGAGCUCAACUGUAUUUACGAAAUAUAUAGAAAAUGAAGCACAAUUAUACUCUAAAAGGCCUGGGUUUAUUAUAUCAAGUACAAGUUGGACAGAAGAUGAAGAUUUUUCAGUAUUGUUAAAUGCAUUACAGGAAUAUGAAAAUGCAUUUGAACAAGAUAUUUGUAAACUACCAGAUUUAAUUUGUAUGAUAACUGGUAAAGGUCCUUUGAAAGAAUUUUAUAUGGCUAUUAUAAAACUAAAGAAUUGGAAACAUGUCACAAUCAUAACACCAUGGCUUGAAAAUGAAGAGUAUCCUAAAAUGUUAGCUAGUGCGGAUUUAGGCAUUUGUCUCCACAUAUCAUCUAGUGGAUUGGACUUACCUAUGAAAAUUAUUGAUAUGUUUGGUUGUGAGCUUCCAGUUUGUGCAUAUAACUUUAAAUGUUUAUCAGAACUUGUUAAACACAAGGAAAAUGGAAUGAUUUUUUCGAAUGACAAAGAACUAGCAGAACAAUUGAAAUCAUGGUUUGAAGAUUUUCCUAAUAACGAUAUUCAACACCAACUAGAUAUAAAAUUUCGAGAGGAGUUACAUAAAUUUCAAAAAAAUCGUGAAAAUCCUACGCCAAAUAACCGUCCUAUAAUUGGUAUUUUAGUACAAGAGAAGCCUCCAGACCAUUCCAAAAGUUAUAUUGCUGCAUCAUACGUAAAAUUUAUUGAAGGAGCCGGUGCCAGAGUUGUUCCAAUUUGGAUUGGAAGGGAUGAAUGUUAUUAUGAAGAUAUUUUAUCUAAAAUAAAUGGAGUUCUAUGGCCUGGUGGAUCUGCGUCUUUCGCUAACAGCAAUGGGGGGUAUGCAGAUACAGGAUAUAAGAUUUACAAAAUUGCAAAAAGAAUGAAUGACAAUGGAGAUUAUUUUCCAAUACUUGGAAUAUGUUUAGGAUUUGAGUUGUUAACAUACGUUGUUGCUGAACGUUUUCCUCAUAGGACACGCUGCAGAGCACAAGCUCUACCACUUCAGUUGGAAUUUACACCAGAUUACAGAAGCGGUAGGAUGUUUUCUGAUAUUUCAGAUAAUGUUGAAGACAUAUUGAGAACUAAGAAAGUGACAUCAAACCAGCAUCUAAAUUGUGUUACGAAAUCGGGUUUACAACGUGCUGGUGUAAGCGAUAAAUUUCGAAUAUUGUCUUUGAAUCGUGAUUUAAAUAAUCUUGAAUUCAUUUCUUCGUUGGAACACAUCACUUAUCCUUUUUACGGCUUGCAAUUUCAUCCAGAGAAAAAUUUAUACGAAUGGAAAAUCGGGGAAAAAAUUCCACAUGGAAAAAAUGCUAUUGAAAUUGCACAAUAUUUUGCUAAUUUUUUCGUUAACGAAGCGCGUAAGAAUCAUCAUAUAUUUCGAAGCAGUGAGGAAGAAGCUCAGACGUUAAUUUAUAACUACUCACCAACUUACACUGCAUUGGGGGACUCUGUAUUCAUGCAAUCUUACAUAUUUGAUUUAGUGAAUACAUUAUGAUCUGUUGAUAUUUGUUUAGUUAAUUCUCGGUCUGAUAAUUUUAUUGUAUAUUGUUACUAAUUAUUAUUUUGUUAUAUAUUCUAUAGAUAUUAAAAGGAAUACUAAAUUUUUUAAAA